UCGGACGGACAGACAGACAGAUAGAUAGAUGAAUAGAUGGAUGGAUGGAUGAAUGUGCGGUUGAAGCAGUGCGUCUAUCACUCAGACUAAUAAAUGUGAUUGACAUGAAGCUCUGUGGCCAAAAUAACUUCUCACUUUUUUUUUUUUACACCAUUAAGAAAAUUGGUCACACUUUCUGUUUGCCACUUCCCAUCUCUUAAAAUAGAAGGCACGGGGAUCAUAAGGAGGAAACCGCAGCGGGCAUCAUGGGAAAUAAAUCUCAGCAGCCUCUUAAAUAAAUGAAUUAAGUGGGCAAUUUGCCUGGCCGACUUCAUCCUGCAAGCUCUAAUGCAAAGUGGCAUUUUCCCACCUGCGUUCGGGCGGAUUUAUGAACUCGGCUGGAUUACAUCCUGAACUGGUAAAAUAGUGCGGCUCAUCCCAGACGCACAGACCCUGUGUCUGUCUUUCAGUUUUAUUGAUCCAUUAAUUCAUCCUCUGUGAAUUUACAAGCACAGAAUAUACGAAGGGAUGGGAGGAGGUCAGAGAUGGAGACGGGGAGAUGACAUGGCCAGCGAUGGAGGGUAUAUAAGUGCAGGACAGAAACAAGACAGACACGUUUAAACGAGACCCUCUUGGCUAAAGUCGCGGAAGAAAGAGAGUUUGUGUGUGUCUGUACGUGUCGUCAUGAUGUGUAAACUCUUUCUAUUCUUUGCUUUGCUUCUCAGUGUCCUCGAACCACUGCUGGGACAUCCGCUGAUCCAUUCGGCAGAGAUGACCUACGCCAGGCCUGUUCUUGUAGAAGAGGAGCAGGUGGUCAGUCCAGACGACCCGAGUUACUCCAAGCAAGCGUAUCUGUCCCAGGGUGCCGCGGGAUUCGGUUACCCGUCCCUCUUCACUGGAGACAUCAGCAGUGAUGGUCUCAAAACAGCUGGAUUUGUCCCGAGUCAAGCUGCAAAAGAAGUCUUGCUGGAAAAGCCGUUGAGUCGUUUCCUGGGCGGCAGGAAGCAGUAUCGCAAACGAGGCAGCAACACAGAGUGUUUCUGGAAAUACUGUGUCUGA